AGCACCUUGCUAGUUUUCCACUCGCCCAUAGCAUGAUGACGAUCACGACUACAAUUGCCUUAUUAUAAUGUCCGCGCCUCGAUUUCGGGUCACUAGACCCUCAUCCCUUGGAAAAUACCUCGAAUGCGCCUGUCGACGACCGACGCCACCGCCCAAUCGGUGUCAAUAUGAGCGAACGCUGAAAUGGCAAACGAGGACUUUCUCCAGCUCUCCAGCAUGCAACUCGGGCCAUUCUAAAUGGGCGACCAUCAAGCAUGACAAGGGCAAAAAUGACGCAGCAAAGAGCAAACAGCGAGCAAUCAUGACCAAAGACAUUUCGAACGCAGUAAAAAUUGGUGGACCUGACCCGAACAUGAACCCACGCCUCGCCCUCGCCAUAUCCACUGCGAAGAAGAGUGCCGUACCGAAGGCAAAUAUCGAGGCAGCCAUCGCCCGCGGCCAAGGUCUAUCUGCCUCCGGCGCCGCGCUCGAAGCGGUGACCCUCGAAGCUAUGUUACCUGGUUCAAUUGCCGCAGUCAUUGAAUGCCAAACAGACAACAAGUUGCGUUUAUUGGCUGACCUACGGUUGCUAAUCAAAGAGUUGGGUGGACAAGUAACACCAAGCGGCUACAUGUUCGAAAAGAAGGGGCGCAUCAUACUCCAGAAAAAGGACGGCAUUGGCGCAGACGAGGUCCUUGAGCCGGCACUGGAACUCGGUGUAUUGGAUGUAGUAGAGGACUCGGAAGGUCGAGUAAUAAUUUACACUGAACCUGCUCAAACGAAGACAACAGCAGAGACAAUUGCAAAAGAAUUGGAGAUGGAGAUCGAAGAAAGCGAGAUCAUCUGGGACCCAAAUGAAGAUACCAAGGUUCAAUUGGAGAAUGAUCCCGCGGCAAAGGAACUCAGCAACUUUUUGGAUGAUUUGCAAGAAGUUACAGGUAUCCAAGGUAUCUAUAUGAAUUUAGCCCAGGGUGGCGUGUCCGACGAAUUGUGGACCGAUAUUCGGGGUAAAGUUACUAUUUGAACAUCUCAAAAUCAUGUAGCUCGAUAGAAUUGUUACAAAUGUAAUAUACAACGCUGUACACUUUUUACAACGUAACCUCAACCUUUCGUAAAACCGUGACGCCGUGAACAAUAUGCAAUGUUUGGGUCCUUUUCCGAGAGAUCUUUUAACAUCUCACGACAGUAUCAUUUCCACUCGUCCAAAUGAUCAAUCAACGAGAGCUUUUGUGCCGUCACAUAUCAUGAUCCCCUACCCUCCGCCGCAGCCUGAUUUGCCUCCUCUGCCUCCCUCAGCCUCC